CACUAUACAGUUAAUGUAUGAAACUGUCAUACAUUAAAUAUGUUUUUAAAACUGCUCUGAAAACAAUAGUCAAACAAUCUUGUGCUAAACCUGUAUUACUCAUCACAAAGUAAUGGUAAUGGUAAGUAAUCUGCAAACCAGAGAUCUUCUCUUUACUACAGAGUCAAGAGAAAACCUAUUAUUGUCUUUUUAUCAAUAAAACAUAGCUUAUUUGCUAUAAGAGUGCCAUUAUGAACUUAUGCUGCCAUCUGGUGCCUACAGUGGAAACACUGAAACUAUGACAGUAUUAAUCCAGCUGUUUUAAAUAUUUAGAGUUCAGACCACUAUAAUCUCGUACUCUUGUUAUUGUUAUUGAUGUGGCCAGAAAUUUUAGCAAGGCACAUAAAAAACAAGGUUCAGUUUCCCACACAUCUCCUUCCAAAUAACAAAACAAGCCAAAAUAACAAGGACAUGAGAUUUAAUGAAAGAACUCCAGGUGGUUGAUAACAUGUGGCCUUGUGAUGGUCUGAGAAGGGUUUUCACCAGCCCCUAUCACACUGCUUAACUCACUUUGAUCGUCUGUACUUUGCAGCAGUUCUGUCUUUUCAACCAGGACAUUUUUAAGACGCCAGCAUGUCAAUGGAGAAGAAGGUUGUGUUGAUCACAGGAUGCUCAUCUGGGAUCGGACUCAGCUUGGCUGUUCGACUGGCCUCUGACACCAGCAAAGUGUUCAAAGUGUAUGCCACAAUGCGGAACCUGGCCAAGAAAGAACGACUUUUAGACUGUGUAAAAGGUCUGCACCAGGAUACAUUGGAAAUACUUCAAAUGGACGUGACUGAUAGACAAUCCAUCCUGACAGCACGAGACAAAGUUGUGGAGAAACGGGUGGACAUUCUGGUGUGUAAUGCCGGUGUGGGUUUGAUGGGUCCCCUGGAGGUUCAGUCCUUAGACUCAAUGAGGCAUGUUCUGGAGGUCAACCUUCUUGGCACCAUCCAGACCAUGCAGGUGUUCUUGUCAGGAAUGAAAGCACAAGGUCAGGGCCGGAUUCUGGUCACGGGCAGCACCGGAGGGCUUCAUGGUCUUCCUUUUAAUGAGGUGUACUGUGCCAGUAAGUUUGCAAUUGAAGGCGCAUGUGAGAGUCUGGCUGUCCUCCUGCAACACUUUAACAUACAACUCAGUCUCAUUGAGUGUGGCCCGGUCAACAGUGACUUCUUGAUUAACCUGCAGAAGGCAGAGCUCGGGGAUUCAUCCCUGCAACAGGUUGAUGGCCGAACGCUCAGUCUGUAUGAAAAAUACCUGCAACACUGCAGCACGGUUUUCCAAAAUGCUGCACAGGACACUGAAGAUAUUGUUGAGGUAUUUCUAGAUGCCAUCCAUUCCGCCAGUCCUGCAUUCAGAUACUUCACCAACAGCGUCAUGCCACCUCUUACCAAACUGAAGGUCACAGAACCAGAUGGAAUGGAAUACAUCAAAGCUAUGAGCAAGAUCAUUUUUGCAGAUCAGGACCAAUAACUGCAGAAAUGUUGUUUUUUCAUCCAAGAAACCACUUUAUCUGCAAACCUUGCCCUAAGUGAAAAGAAUAGUGUUUGUUUUUUCUAAUUUUAGCUUCAGGGGCAAAGGUGAUGAAGUGUGUUUUGUAAGAGGAGUUUGCAAAAAAAUGCAACUCCACAUUCUAUAUUUGUCUGAGAGUUAUUGCUUGUGGAGUAAUAUGUGAUAAGGAUUACGUAUAUUGUCUUAAGUCAUUCCACAACCUUUACAUUAGUUUAUUUCAACAAAGCUUUUUAUCUCACA